CGCAGUCCUGUCUCAGGCGAACUCGCUGCGUAUGUAUGCGUGUCUCCAGCUAGGCCAGAGAGUGAUGGCGGCGCCCGUCCUGAGAGUGUCCACCCCUCGGUGGGAGAGAAUAGCAAGGCUUCUCGUCUGCCUGUUGGGCAUACUGCUGUCAUUAUACGCCUUUCACGUCGAGAGGGAAAAGGCUCGGGAUCCGAGUUUCAAGGCCAUGUGCGACGUCAGCAGCUCCAUCAGCUGUUCGAAAGUGUUCAGCUCAAGGUGGGGCCGAGGGUUUGGACUCCUGGGCUCAAUUUUUGGAAAUGACAGUGCACUGAAUCAACCCAACAGUGUCUACGGGAUUGCCUUUUAUGCCUUUCAGCUUCUACUAGGAAUGACUGUCAGUGCAAUGGCCGCCCUUAUUCUCAUGACGACAUCCAUCUUGUCGGUGGUGGGUUCGCUCUACCUGGGCUACAUCCUCUACUUUGUCCUAAAGGACUUCUGCAUCAUCUGCAUCACCACAUACGCGCUGAACUUCAUUCUCUUUAUUCUCAACUACAAGCGACUGGUUUACUUGAACGAGGCCUGGAAGCAGCAGCUUCAGGCCAAGCAGGACUAAGCUGUCGAGAGCGGCAAGAAAAGUGCGAUAAACAAAAGAAAAAAAGAAAUGUGACCUCUGAACAUUUGACAUGCCACCAGGAGACCUUGCUUCCAAACAAUGUUUAUUCUGCUGUGUGUUUUAAAAAAUAAAAAAAAGAAGAAAGGAAAAAAAAAGGAAAAGAAGAAUGUUGGGCCGGACAUCUCAAUGUUGCAAACACGGAAGGAGUUGUAAGUGAAAGAUGAUUUCUCUUUUCAUUUAUUUUUUCUUGUUUAACAUUGUACUCGCUUAAGGAAGGGGCUGGCUGUGUGCACGUGUUUGUGUGUGUGGGGAAACACAUCAACGCGUUUAAGCAGCGGCCGAAGGCCACAAUACCGAGCGAUGGAGGACAGCUUUCUUUCGAACAAAAAGGAUCGCAGAAUGGAAGAAAAUGGGACAUAAAAGGGGUUUACUUGAAACUGUAGUAAAAGGUCCUUUUGCUGCACAGCGGAUCUGCACUAAAACUCAGAACCGAAUAAAUGUGUCCCAAAAUAAUAAUACGAAAUAAAAAAAACACUCAUUAGGUUAUCCUACAGUUUGCAGAUAAGGUUCUAGGGGGAGAAAAGGUGAGGGGGGACAAAAGGAUUAACAUUUAUACAGAGUAGUUUGUUUUCAUGUUUACACUUUGUAGUACGUUUUUUUUUCUGCAGAGGACCACUAAAAAUCAACAAAGAACAAUGUGAGAAAAUUGUGUGUAGAUCACGCGGAUUGUUUGUUUUUGCUAUUCUGUAAAUAGCUGCUGAGCAAUAUUCCAGGCUAGAUUGUGAUUUAGUGUUGACACAAACCUUUAAGGAGCAAAUAUUAAGAAAAAACACCACCAAAACAGGAGAAAAACAUCAGUAAAUUGGGAACAAAAUAAGAGACAACGGUCACCUGUCAGGAGGAGUCUGAAGAUGUGCUUGGGACGUCUUCCGUCCUGAAGUCCUGGCCAGGCAUGCAGUUCAGAGUUGUGUGGUUACCGUUUCAUCUGAAGCCACAGACGCAAGUCUAUUAAACAGAACUAUGGGUUCUUCUAUGGGUUCUUCUCACCAUGUUUGCAUAAAGGCACCCUCACUCUUUUUUUGGGGGGGGGGGGGGGGUUAUUAUGUGAAAAGCAUUCCUGACCUCCACACAAGUGGGAUCCAUAAAGACUUAUGUGCCUAAAGGAGUGUUGAGGUGAAUUACCUUAAUUUCUUUUUUUCUGUUUCUAUUUUUCCUUACGUUUUGGAGGGUGGGGGGUAAUGUUAUGUAAACACCAGGUCUGCUCGUUGUUUUGUCACAGGUCCAAGGCUUUAUUUUUAUGAUCACAGUUUUGUACAUUAAGAUACCAGUGAAGUGUUUCUCCCUCCCUAACAGUCUCAUGAGUAGCAACGGCUGCUACACUGUGAUUGUCUGCUGAAGUGUAGAGUUGCAGAGGCGUCUCUUAUCCUGCUGUUUCAAUGUGUUGAUGCUCAUCUGGCUUUCUGCUCACUGUCCAGCCUGUACACAUUUGAUGUCAAUUGAACGAUGGCGGUGAUUUUGCCAAGCUGAGUUACAGUUCAUUUGCAGGAUGUGAACAAAAGAAAACAUGUAAUGUUUUAUGUUGACAUGAGCGGCAGAGGCGUAACGGGCGUGUGAGUUCCGUAAGACGAAAACAGCAGCGCGUUAAGCCAUAUGCAGAGUUUGUGGGAUUUUAUUCAAUCCUGCAGGAAAAGACAUCCAGGUCUCUGACGGUUUUCUAAGAUGAGCCGCUGCCGACACUGAAGCUUUUUAUGAAGUGAUCUCUAACAUAGCAAGGUCUGUUCAGAGAUUAGUCCCAGUAUUGGGGGAGCAACCACAGCUGGUAGAUGCUUUGCUAGAAGGAAUCCCCAGGAUUGCCAGCUCAGUCCAGCACCCAGUCAGUCGGACCAUUGUCUCUCUUCCAUCCAGAAUCUACAGAUUUGCAGCAUCCUACCAGUCCGAUGCAUCGUACACUGUCUCCUUGCUUUAAGCACAUGGUGGACAUCAGUCUCAUGCUCAACAAUCCACAGCAGUCGUCAUAACUAACGAUGUGAUUCAUCUGCGGCAUCAAACCGGCUUGUUAAUAGUUCCCAUUGCUGCUUGUCUCCAUGCCCUUUCACUCUGAUGGAAUUCAAGUUCUCCCUGAAAGUCUUUCAUGGCACGAGGGUUGUUGAAGUAUUGAUGAUCGCAACUGCCAAGAAAGUAAUCUCUGACAUGUUCCCUGUGAUGACCUGCGAAGUCGUCGCUUUUCUAUGAAAAUGAGAAUUGAGGAGGUUAUCAAGGGAAAUUGUCUGUUCGUUCAUGUUGUAACCAUUUACUUAAAAUAAUAUAUAUAUUUAUGCUGUUACAUUGGUGUUGCCCAUUUUCCAAAGCACAAUAGUUUCUCCCCUUCACACCAAGCCGACUGGUUUCCGUUCACUGUGAUGGGAUACACGUGAAGAGAUGCUUCCGGCUCUCAAUCCCUCAGUGGAGAUCUCUGUACUCUUCACCAUGUCAAUGUUUGUCUUUUGAGUUUCAGCAUAACUUUUUUUGAUGUGAUGCAGUUUGGCAUAGAGUCUAGACUUCAGUCAUUCCCUGAUGGAGAACCUAUCUUAAAGGAGUACUCCACGAUUUUAGCAUGGACUCUUACCAUUUAUUCAAAACUGAUGCAACAAAACCAGAAAUAUAUUUUAUUUAUUCCAUGCAUUCUUCUUCCCACAAUAUAACUUGACCACCGACAAUUCAUCCGGAGCUUGGGGUUUGGUGUGCUAGUAGUGGCUAACAUAGCAAACGUAGGACCCCCCCCCCCCCCCCCCCCCCGUGAGCAGACCUCAAUGUGUACCUUCUGUGGAGUAGCCCCUUUAAACACAGUUCAUUCUCUUUGAAAGUUGAUUUUCAUGCCAUACAGAAAAGAGUGGGAGCCAAUGGCAGCCUGGAAGAGAACCUCAUUCAAACACUAGUUUACUUUGGAAAAUGGUCGGCAGUUAUGUUACAUUGGCACGAUUGGUAGUAAACUGGCCAAAAAACAUGCAAACACCAGUUCAGUUCUUUUUUUUCACCUGCCGUACGGUCCUCCAUAGAAUGAUUCAACUGGUUGCAUCAUUCCUCAGCAAGUCAUCUUUAAGAUCUUCCGUUUACAGUAUUGCCUUGUCGGGCUCACAUCAGGUUCUGUUUCAUCUCGACUCGGAAAAAGAUUAACAACCGCACUGUUUUGUCUUUGUCUGGGGAAUCCUGUGCACCCGCAUGUAAGACACGUUUCCCAUGGAUUCACUUGCACAAGUCAAACUGACAUAUACUUGCUAGUUUCUGUGGCAACAGCUAUGGGUCCGGUGAGGACUGGAGGCCAUAGAACUGACCCGGGCACAGGAGGUAUCAUUCCGUUCAUGAUUCCAGUCAUCGAGCGAGCCUGUCACACUAGUCAUGUGCAGUUACUUUACAAGAAAAUGGGUCAGAAAUUUGGAUGACAAGUCAAAAGUUUGAAUAUGUUGGCUGGUAAACACAUGUUGUGUGAUGGGUUAAUGUCAAAACGAUCGAUACUAUAUUCUCCAGAAUAUUCAUUUAGGCCCUGAGGUAUAACUGCCAUGUUAGUUGCAUCACCAAUGCCAACAAAAGUGCCUUCUGUUUGAUCACUAGGCCUUGAGCCAAAGACGAGCAACAGUAAUAGCCUUGUAAAAUAUAGAAUGGUAACUGUUACGGGCACAAAUGCUUGCCUUCCUUAAAAAGUAAUCUGAUAAAUUGGUAAUUCCCAAAGUUGAUUUCCAGUAUCUGUGCAUUAAUCCAUUUGGAAAUUGUCAGACAAAAUGCCCUGUCAAAUCAAAGGUCAAACCCCUUUUCCCUUCCUGAACUCCACGAAAUAAUUCUCAUCUUUAUUUUGUCUAGCUAGGACAUGUUAAUACACUGUUUAAACUACAUGAUUGUAAUGUUCUUUUUUUCCUCAUCCCUAAUUAUGCCCUUUAGCUGUAUAGAUUAACAUUCUGCGUUAUUUGAGUAAAAAGAUGAGGGGCUGGGGGGGGCUUGGAAUCCAUGUGUCAGCAUACCAUGUUCAUUAAAUUUCUUUGUGGAGGAAAACUUACUGGGUUUGCGUCUGUAUUGCCAAAUAUGUUUUAAAAUGCUGUAUUUUCUUACAUGGAAAAGUGUUACAUGAAUGGUAGGAGGGUGCAAAAAAAAGAAUCUGUUCAAAAAUCCAUCUUACAUUAAGGGAAAACUGGUUGACAUGAGAACAUUUUUAAUUGUCAUGUGGAAAUGAUCUAUCAUUAAAACAUUCCCUCUGAAACUAC